UGCAAAGUACCGGAGAUAUAUUGUUGAAAUUAUUGAGAAGUUGGAGAUCGAGGUGAUCAAGGCGUAGAAACUUGAAUCAACUACUGGCGAGUUAAGGUUACUUGAAGCCAGUAACUGUAACUCACAAGUUUAAGAGUCGGGUUGACUCAAUUUAAGGUUUGGAAUGAGUGAAUUUUGGAAGUUGAAUUUAUUGUUUUUUGAGGUGUGGCCACUGGAAAUAAUUCAGAUUGCAGAAGAGUUGCGUUGUAAAUAAAUUGUAAUAUUUUGUAAAUAUAAUCUCUAAUGGCUUGAGUGCAAAUUUAUUUCUGCAGUGUUGGUUUCUUCCUCGGUUGCAACAACAACCCCGAUGGGUUGGUUGUGACAUUUUGGGGGCUUGUCCGGGAAGACAAUAUUUAAAUUGAGGAGAAAGGAAGACGCAGAAUUAAGUUAUUGUACUGCCUUACUGUUGAUUGUUAAAUGCAUUUAUUAACAGUUCUUAUAAGUUUUCUUGUUCUAGAUCUGUUCGGGCUCACUCCUCUCCGUGCCACUACAGUCAAGCUCGCAGCGUGUGCGCGUGGCCGCGAUCCAAGCAAAAUGGAUCUGAACAGGUUAGUGAAGUUGGGAAAAGAGUUGAGUUUAGAAGGGGAGGACUUGAGAACAUUUGUGAGUGAAGGACAAGAGCGUGUGACAAUAGAGCGGAAAGAGAAACAGGCAGAAGAGAGAGAAGCUCGUGCCCAAUUGUUAGAGAUAAAGCGUGAAGAGAGAGAAACUGCCGAGUUGCAAUUGAAAUUACAGGUCCAGAAAUCUCAAGAAAUGUCGGGUCAGAAAACAGGUAGCAAGUCAUUUUCACCUAAAUUGCCGCAUUUUGAUGAUGAAAAGGAUGAAUUAGAUGCCUACCUGCAGCGAUUCGAGCGAUACGCGACUGUGCAAAGUUGGCCAAAAUCAAACUGGGCAGUGAAUCUAAGCGCUCUUUUGAGAGGCAAGGCUCUCGCUGUUUACUCUAGAUUGUCUAUUGAUGAGUCAUCUGAAUAUAGUAGCCUGAAGGAUGCUUUGUUAAAAAGAUACAAUUUGACAGAGGAGGGUUUCAGAAGAAAGUUUCGUUCUGCCCGACCGGACAAAUUUGAAAAUCCGAAACAAUUCAUUGUGAGACUUGAAAAUUAUUUACACAGGUGGAUUGAAUUAUCUAAGGUAGAUCUUGAUUUUGAUGGCGUGAAGGAUCUGUUGUUACGAGAGCAAUUUGUUAAUGGAUGUAGCCUUGACUUAUCUUUAUUUUUAAAGGAAAGACAACCCAAGACCAUACAGGCGGUGGCUGAACUUGCUGAGCAGUACAGUGAAGCUAGAGGAGGAGUAUUUGGAUAUGAUGUAGCUAAUGGUUCUUUUAAUCGUAGGGCUGAUAAUAGAGGGAAAGACCAAUACCAGUAUCAACAACAUCAGCAACCCAAUCAGAAAUUCCACAGUGUGAGUAAACCAACCAGUAAUGACAGACAAGUAGGCGGAAGAGGUCCACCUCCCCAUUUGAGUAGGCCAAGUACUGCAAAUUUCACUAACAGAGAACAAAGAUCAUGUUUUCUUUGUCAUAAGACAGGUCACCUUGCGAGAAACUGUUUUAAGAACACUCAACAGACCAGAGUGGCAGGACUUGUUGACUACGAUGAUUCCUUUUAUGUGCAGACGUCAUCAGCCAAUGAACAACCUCAUUCUGCAUCAGCGGCUCAGGAGAAUGAUCAAACUCAGGGUAACACCGGAGCAGCAUCUAACCAAACUGAACGGGUUGCAUGUAUGUAUAUUGUUGACAAAAGAAAUCUUGAUCAAUGUUGUUUUAAUGAGGGUAUAGUCACCUUACAGUGCGGGCAUAAGCUGCCUUGGACAAGUGCAGCAUGCAGAGUUGAAGAUGUAAAACCAAUGCCAGAUGCAGAAGAAAUUUUCAGUAAACUUUCAGGAGAUAAGUAUUUUUCCAAGAUUGAUCUCAGUAAGGGGUACUGGCAGAUUCCUCUAAGCGAAGCCACCAAAGAAAAGACCAGUUUCAUUAGUCCUGAAGGCUUGUUUCAGUUUAAAACGAUGCCAUUUGGCCUUGUGAAUGCCCCUGCCAUUUUCAGUCGUAUGAUGCGUAUUCUCCUUCAAGAUGUAGCCAACGUCACAAACUUCAUCGAUGAUAUCUUGAUCCACACCAGCACAUGGGCAGAGCACAUCAAGGUACUUGAACAGGUGCUCAGAAGAUUGAAGGAUGCUGGACUCACAGCUAGACCCACGAAAUGUCUCAUUGGGUACACCAAGUUAGAAUUUCUCGGUCACAGGGUAGGACAAGGUUUACUAGAACCACUCUCAGAAAAGGUCAACAAGGUUCAAGAUGCUCCCAGACCCAAAACCAAGAAGCAGCUAAGAUCGUUCCUGGGCUUAACCGGAUAUUAUAGAAGAUUCAUCCCCAACUAUUCAGCAAUUGCCGCACCACUUACGGACAAGACGAAGAAGAGAGAACCCAACCACAUCAUAUGGGAAAACAGUCAAGAAUUUGCUUUUAGAUCCCUAAAAUCUUGCCUUGUGAAAGCUCCUGUACUUCACUUACCUGAUAUUAAUCAACCUUUCAUUCUUCAGACAGAUGCGUCGGAUAUCGGCCUAGGCGCCGUAUUGUUACAGACUCAUGGGGGAGAGAAGUUCCCAGUGGCCUAUGCAUCCCGUAAACUUCUUCCACGGGAGUGUGCUUAUUCCACCAUCGAGCGAGAAUGUUUGGCGAUUGUCUGGGCAGUGCAGAAGUUUCAAACUUACUUGUACGGUAUUGAAUUUGUCCUUCAGACUGAUCAUCAACCACUUGCAUACCUCAACCAAGCUAAGUCUUCAAAUUCCCGUAUUAUGCGAUGGGCACUGCAAUUACAACCCUACCGGUUUAGAAUACAGUCAAUUAAGGGUACAGAGAACGUCGGUGCAGACUAUCUAAGUAGAAUUUCAUCUUGAGUGAAACAACCGAAAAAUGCUAGGCAUGUUCCUGGGAUAUUUUUUUUUUUUUCGGUAUUAACCAAUGGUUUUGUUUGACUUGCAGGUCGCUAUUUAACUUUGUGCUUUACAUUUCAGGAGAAGGUUGAAGACCAGGGAGCUGUCGCUGAAGUGUUAAGUAUUUGUAUAUAUUCCCUGAAGUGCCAAGUAUUUGUAUAUUCAUAAAAAAAUUAACUAUAAUUUUUUUUUCCCCCAAGGAGGAAGGGAAUUGUCACAGGUUGUCUAAUGGAAGCAGUGGGUAAUAGUUGUUUUGUAUAUUUUGUGGUACUCUAAAAUAUAGGGCCAUGAUUUGCUGUUGUAAAUAGUGCUAACGCGAGCUGCUACUGUGCAACUGCUGGGGCAAGCGCUACUGGCUACUGUGCAGCUGCUACAGCUACUGUGUUGAAAUGUUGUAAAUAGUUUGGACAGGUGGGCAAGUGCUACUGUGCAGCAGUAAAACGUGCAAUGCAAGCACAAAGGUUUUUUGUUA